UUGGUGAGUAAGCUGAAAUAUUUUUCAGACAUUAGGCCAUGAUACGGUGUAUGGCCACUUGAAGUAGUUUAAUAUCAUGGGGCUAACAAUAAUCCCCUUAAAAUCUUGCAAACGUUCGUCAUGUGCACGUUGUCAGUAAUCGUGUUCUGUACUUUCGUCGUUCUUGGGAGCUCCAGAGGAAAACCUUACAAUCCCAAAUGUUGCGAAAAUAUUGGGCGAUUUCGAGACUGUCGGCGAGCCUGCAAGAAGGCAUGGAAUGAACGCAAUUCUGGAAAGAAGCUAGAGCUUGCUCUAAGUUUACCCAAGUCGUGCCCUUCACAUCUGAUUUCUCUGUGGCAGUGUUUAAACUCAUCCAUUAAAGGAUUUGAACUCUACACGCAUCCCAAUUUAUUAAAAGGAGAUGGAAGAAGUUGCUGUCUCCUUGCAAUUGGUGCAUCCUGUAGACAGUCCUGUUUCACAAGUACAAACCUAGAUAAUAUUAGGAAAACCUGCGAAGAAGAUUAUGAGGAAUCUCUUCUUCGUUGUGUUGAAAGAAAUCAUGCUAGCAAAAAGUGUUGUGUUGCUACAAAGAAAAGUUGUGAAAGGGCAUGCAAGAGGGUUUUUGCAUCACACAAACAUCCUAGUCGACACAAGUUAAUGAAACUACAAAAGUCUUGUGGAUGGAAACAUAACCAUGUUUAUAAUUGUGUUAGCAAUCUAACAUUGACAACUGAAGUCACUGACCACAAAUGUUGUCAGACUUUGCAAAACAACUUGUAUUGUCAGAAAGUUUGUAGAGAAAUAAUGGCAUCUCAAAGCUCUAUCAAGGAAAGAAUUUCUAUGUUUGGGAAAGUUUGCAAGUUGCCAUUUCAUAACCCAAUAUGGAAAUGCUUUCUUAUUCACACCAGUUCGCCAAACACCAACAAACCAAGCCAAGAGGAACGUAAAGUGGAUGUGAGGUUACAUUGUUGUUUGAAUGCCAAAACAGAGGAAUGCUUUAAUUUGUGCAUAAAAGCCUUUACUGAUGAACCAAUUGAUAAUAACAACCAGUUCAGGAGGAAAUGUGCAUAUGAACCAAAAGAGAAUUCAAUGAUGACAUGUAUUGCUGAUGUUUCUCAACCUUGUCACAUUGGAUGUCAUGGCCUUGGUUUUUGCACAAAUUUCAACUACAGGCACACCGAAUUAUUCAGGAGUUGUAGAAUUGAGAAAGAUAAUGCUGCUAAAUCUGAUUAUGAAAAUUGGGUGAAAAAACAAAGUGUAGAGAUCCAUUCUAUGGACAUAAUUCCAGUGAAAAACAUCAGCAAAUGUUUGCCUUUUUGGAAGGUAAUUGCGUGUACGCUGCAUAUACAACCUUGCCAUGCUAAAUCUCACACAUCUUCAAUAUGCAGACAUGAUUGUUUAAAAGUUCUGAAUGAAUGUGCAGCGAAAGAAAAACUUGGUGUUAGAACUGUAGAGAUGAUUUGUAAAAAACUAUCCCCGGACAACCAAUCAUCAUGUAUACCUUUGGAAGACUUCAUGAAACCUAGUCUUUAUCAAAAUCAGGCUGACGAAGUGACCCGUCCGUGUUAUCCUAAUCCUUGUCGAAACAAUGUUUGUGAAGUAAAUCGUCGUUCUACAGAAAUGCAGAGUUUGUCGUCACAUAAAUGUUCACCAGGUUGUCCAAUCGAUCAUCAGUCUAAGGCCAUUAUAAAGAACGGAGACUUUGCUCGGCUACCACUUAUACACCAAUCAAAGUCUCAAGGAUGCUUUAAGAUUUGCCGUUGUGAAAAAGGAAAAUUCUCUGCAUGCCCAAGAUUACCAAGCUGCGUAAGCAAGAAAUCAUGUUACCUAAAAUUAACCAAUAAUACCUAUUUGCAUCAGGAAAAGUUUUCCGUCAAUUGUAAUUUUUGCGUUUGCUUUGAUGGUGAAAUUAUCUGUUCCCAAUCUCAAUGUUCGUCUGCUGAUGUCACGAAUCGAUUGCGUAGAAAUCAUCUGCCGUAUUACAACAACACUCUUAAUGACCUUCCUUGUCAUCAAUGUGACGAUGUAUAUAACGCAGUUUGUGGAACUAAUGGUAAAACUUAUCGUAAUCCAUGUUUUGCCAGGUGUUCGCGUUUGAAAAAAUAUCAGCUUAAAAGUGGUCAAUGUUCGACACGAAAUUCGUGCAAUAUUUCUCCUUGUAAAGAUGAUGAAAUUUGUGUUAUCAGUAGAAAAGUUUGCGUUGACAUCCUUUCCAGUUGUCCUCAGUUUCUUUGCAUUAAAAGAAGUACGAACAACACUUCUUCGAUGCAGCCGUAUUGUGAUACGGAGAACAACCAGUAUUUAAAUAAGCACGCGGUGCUACAAGCUGGAAAAGAAAUUGCAUACCAGGGAGAUUGUAAUUCAUCCUGCGCCCCUGGUGUUCUGAAAGUUUGUGGUGUCGAUGGUCAAACUUAUAGCAGUGUUUGUGCAUUGAAAUAUGCAAAGAUGCUGCUGGAUUAUGAAGGACCUUGUAGAACUGUUGGGAAAUUUAACAAUGAACGGUCGGUAAGAUGUGCUGAUAUUAAAUGUCCUAUGUUAAAUCCCUCAAACUGUGAGGGUAUUACGCCCCCAGGUGCUUGCUGUGAAGUUUGUGCAACACAGAUGACUAUUUUAUUCGAUGAAGACGAGAUCGCCAAAACAAACAGACUCGUUAGAGAUAAAUCUCAGCCAAUCACACAAGAUGAUGUUGUGGCAAGAGUACGCAGACACAUUUCAAUGAGCGAAUGUGAUGUAUUUGGUUUCUACAACACUUAUCGUAAUUUUGUUCUUCUCAUCACGACAAUUACUGACAAACCAACCACUUUACAGUUUUUAGUUUGUAUGAAAGAAGCUGAAAAAAUAGAAACAUUAAUUAAUACAGAAAGUCCAAUCUUUACAUCGGACGAGAUCCUCUCUUCAUUCCGUGCCGUUAAACUACAAACGCCAUUAUUGUCAGAGAAUAAGCUAGGAGGCGGAGGAAAAUCCAGCACUCAAACAAGUAGUAUGAUGUUACUUCUCGUUGCUACAACACUAUCUCUUCUAAUAUUCAGCAGGAGGUAAUGAAAUCACGAGUUUGACAUGAAUUGUCGAACUUAACGUAGGUUGAAGUAAAUGGUUUAAACCCGGGAGUGUUGUUACAUGUUUGUGGAUGAAGAUCUUCCAGGUUAGUAGAGUCCUGAGAAGGACUGGUGUUGUUGAUGUUGACUGUUGUUGAGAGUCAAGAUAAGCUGAGGAUAAUUUGACUCUGAAGAUGACUACCGCUAAGGUUUUCGAAACGUCAGUCAACAUCAACAACUACAGUCGUUCUCAGGACUCUACUAACCUGGACGAUCUUCAUCCACAAACAUUAACAUAGGUUAGUUAAUUCGCUUCAACUUAUUGCUCUUCAUAAAAGAAGUGUUUUGGAAAACAAGCCAUCAAUAAGCAUGGUGUCUACUAAAAUAAGUAACGACUAACAAGCGAGGUAGAUGUGAAACUUAUAAACCAUUUUACAUGAGUGAAGAGAAACUGUUCAAUAUCAUUUAGGAAUGUUUUGUGGUAAUCUUUGACGGUUUAAAUAACAAACAAAAUCUCAAUGAAAAAUUAGUAAUUAAUAUAGCGCAAAAACUAUUGUAAUAUAUUGUAAAUAUUGUAAUAGAUUUUAUUUUUAUGCAGAAUUGAAACUGCACGUUUGAAAUACAACUUUGACCGUUGACCAUUAAACUUAUUGCAAAUUUGCAA